UCUCGGCUAGAGUCCCGACUGCAAGAGCGUUGUGGUAAUCUUGCCGACAUCGUUCCACGUACAAUACGCUAAUUAUAAUUAAAUUGAAUACUUUCUCGCUAUUAUAAUCGUUAUCGUUGGUAUUAACACGGAACUAUCAUCAGUGGGCAGGUGCGGCUUGUGGCUCAACGUUGCUCCCCAUGCAAGAUUCAAUGGAAUUGGCAGGAGCACUUUGCUCCGUGUUGGAUAAAGUGAGGGCGGCCACUGCCCGCAGGCCACUUCAUCUCCCAGACACUCUACCAUGCCUGGUGGCGGUGAGCAAGACCAAGCCGGCAGCUAUGGUGAUCGAGGCCUACAAGCACGGGCAGCGUCACUUUGGAGAAAAUUAUGUUCAGGAAUUGGUAGAAAAGGCAUCGGAUCCUCAGGUGCGGUCGCAAUGUCCUGAGAUAAAGUGGCAUUUUAUCGGCCACCUACAGAAAGGCAAUGUCAACAAGCUCGUGACUACGCCAAACCUGUACGUGGUGGAGACUAUUGACUCGAUCAAGCUCGCUGAACGGGUAAAUGCUUCCUGGCAGAAGAAAAGCUCGGAAAAGUUAAAGGUCAUGAUACAGAUCAAUACGAGCAGUGAAGACAGCAAACAUGGGCUGCCACCUAAAGACACCGUGGACACUGUGAAGCUAGUCUUAGACAAGUGCACUGGACUGGAGUUCUUUGGAUUGAUGACAAUCGGAAUGUAUGGACAUGACCUGUCUCAGGGACCCAACCCAGACUUUCAGAAAUUGUUGGCUUGCCGUGUCAACUUGUGUGAGAAGCUUGGAUUGAAGCCUGAGACCAUUCAAAUGAGCAUGGGGAUGUCAGGAGACUUUGAGCAUGCGAUUGAAGUCGGGGCCACGAGCAUCCGGGUUGGCAGCACGAUCUUCGGAGAGCGGGACUACGGAAACAAGGGAGCGAACAAAGGUAGCGACGGAGAGGAGGAGAGGGGUUCUGCCGGAAGAUAAAACCAAACUCCCGCCGCCAUGCUGUUUGUCAUGGAACCUUGCUGUUUCAGAACAGUGCUGGACUUGAGUGCUUGCUAUCGCGGAUUUUGAGCGCUUUAAGGAUGCGGUAACAAUUGUAUGAUUCUUCAUUCGAAAUCUCGCUGGCUUUAAAGCGUUUGCACUUGGGCAUGAUGUUGUUGCUUUUGCUGGAAGUUUGAAAACAAUAUGCAGGCUGCCCAUUGGUAUUACAAAACACUCGAAUAAGUUGAAAUUCAUGCAUUGGAAAUUCGCAUUCGAUUAAUAAUGUGUGAAGUGGUACAUUCAUGAAUCCAUUAUUAUAGUCAUGUUUAGAGUCACUGCUCCAUUGUGGUUCCUAAAUUUGAAUUUACCGAGUAAAUGAUUAAAGAUCUGCAUUUGUUAGUUAGGUGUAAAUUUUACACUUUGCUAAACACUACAAGGGCACACCAUUGGAACCUCAUUUGUCAGAAGAAAAAAUAUGAUAAUUGUUUUUUUACCCUUUUAUCUGGCAACAACACUGACACCUUUUUUACAAGGAGGCAUGUUUGCAUAGACCACAAUACCUGCAGUCGUAAUGCAAACAAAAAACACGUAACUCUGAUAAUGUAUGCACUGUCCUUGUGCAGUGCAUACAUUAUCAGAGUUACAUGUUUUUUGUAGUUGUGCAGUGCAUCCAUUAUCAGAGUUAUGUGUUUUUUGUUUGAAUUACGACUGCAGGUAUUGUGGUCUAUGCACACAUGACUCCUUGUAAAAAAGGUGUCAGUUUUGUUGCCAGAUAAAAGGGUAAAAAACCAAUUAUCACUACAAGGGCACGUGUUGCUUUCUGUUGUCAUUCUGAUUGUUUAAUAUUUCCUAGAUUUGUAGCGUUCGCAGGAUCCAAUCACUUGAGUUUCCAGUUGCCUUGCAGUGAAACUCACAUUUUGGAAGAUUCCGGUUGAUUUUCAAUGACAACGCCAGGGUUGUUUACUUCAAUAAAAGUUUUAUGCAUUACCAA